AUGUUAGCUAAGGCAUUUAGUAGAGGGGGAAGUACAAACGGCGUGGGAGGAAAAGUUGGUGCAAAUAAGGGAUGCGAAAGUAGAGAAAGUGAGGCGAAAAGAGAAAUAAGAGACCUGCAGGGGAACAACAUAUCGGUCAUUUUCAAAACUGAUUUUGAAGAUAUGGCAACUCUCCAUGUUCUACAAUUGUCCAGCAAUCAGAUCCACACGAUAGAAAGAGGAGCUUUUCAAGAUUUAGUAGGAGUGGAAAAAUUGAGACUAAACAACAACCAAAUUCGCUUUCUGCCUGACUUGCUCUUCAGCAACAUGAUGAAUCUCAAAAGACUGGACCUCAGUCAUAAUCAGAUUGCGAUGAUCGGACAAAAGACUCUGAGAGGAAUCUCUUCGCUAAAACAUCUAUUACUCGACGAUAAUAUUCUGACCUGCAUCGACGAAGGUGCUAUCCGGGAGCUGAAGGAUCUGGAAAUUUUGUCGUUGAAUAAUAAUAAACUGACGACCCUGGGGAAGGAAAUGUUGAAUGGGUUGUCAAAUCUACGUUCUCUGAGGCUAUCUGGGAAUUCGCUGGUCUGCGAUUGCCACUUGAGUUGGCUCUCACGACAUCUCAGAAAUUUCCCACGUCUUACGCAGAACACGAGGUGUUCCUCCCCCGCUCAUAUCAGAGAUCACAACCUCGGGGAAUUACAGGAACACGAUUUCAAGUGCUCUGGCCUAAUAGAACGUGCGACUUCUGAAUGCAACGCUGAACCACAAUGCCCCAAUCCUUGUGAAUGUGCCAACGGAAUCGUCGAUUGCAGAGAAAAAUUAUUGACUAAAAUUCCAACCCAUUUACCCGAGGACACGACAGAAUUACGUUUAGAGCAAAACGAGAUCACGGAAAUUCCUCCUAAGGCUUUCUCCCCUUACAGAAAGCUACAAAGAAUAGACUUGAGCCACAACAAAAUCAAAAAGGUCGCGGCUGACGCAUUCCAUGGACUCAAGUCCCUUGUCUCACUAGUCCUUUAUGGGAACAAAAUUACUGAACUACCUAGCGGUAUUUUCCACGGGCUAAGUAGCUUACAACUCUUACUGUUGAACGCCAAUGAAAUUUCCUGUAUUCGAACGGACCUGUUUCGAGACCUGACUAGCCUCACACUAUUAUCCCUUUAUGACAACAAUAUUCAGUCUCUCAGCAACGGAACCUUUGCUCAUCUACGUAGCAUCAACGUCAUGCACCUGGCGAGAAAUCCUUUCAUUUGCGACUGCAAUCUGCGUUGGCUGAGUUCUUACCUACACACGCACAAAAUAGAAACUUCCGGGCCGAGAUGUGAGUCUCCGAAGAGAUUAAACAAUAGGAAGAUCGACUCGAUUCGGGACGAAAAGUUCAAAUGUAAGGGUGACGAAGAACUUUUGACAAAAAGAGCUGGAGAAUGCAUUCUUCCCGGACCUUGUCCAUCGCCCUGCAUUUGCUCUGGAGCCACUGUCGAUUGUUCCGGAAAGAAAUUGACUUCAAUACCAAAGGAUCUACCAAUAUACACAUCUACUUUAAUACUAAGAAAUAACGAACUAGAUAAGAUAAAAGCUGACGGCCUUUUCGAGAAACUGCCAGACUUGCAACAUUUGGAUUUAAGGAAAAACAAAAUUACUCGAAUUGAAGCUUCUGCUUUCCAAGGAGGUCACAAAAUCUCCGAAUUACUCUUAUCUGAGAAUAAACUGAGAGAAGUGCAUAACAAAAUGUUCACUGGCUUGUCAAGUCUCAAAAGCCUAAACGUCGAUUCGAACGUAAUCACUUGUAUAAUGCCUGGAGCCUUCGAUGGAUUGCCGCAUUUACGAUCCAUAAACAUGCAAGGAAAUCCUUUGUCUUGCAAUUGUCAUCUUGCGUGGUUUGCGGAAUGGUUGCGAAAACGCGACAUCACGAAUGUCACUGGAAGUUGUCACGACCCCCCAAGGCUGAAAAAUGCAGUUAUCAGAGACAUUCCUCAUCAUGAAUUCAAAUGCAACAGUGAUAGUAUCGGUUGUUUGGGAGAUGAUUACUGUCCACCUCAGUGCAAUUGUGCUGGAUCUGUUGUGAGAUGUUCGCGAUCCCACCUGACUGAAAUUCCACGAGGAAUUCCACCCGAAACCACCGAACUCUAUUUGGACGUGAACGAUAUUAAAACCAUCCAACCAGAAAGAUUGAACCACUUGAGGAUUCUAACGAGGCUAGACUUGAGUAAUAAUCAAAUCUCGAUGCUCUCGAACGACACGUUCAAAAAUCUCACGAAACUUUCUCAUCUAAUUAUAAGCUACAAUAAAUUACAGUGCGUGCAGAAAAACGCCCUUUCAGGAUUAAAGUCCUUGCGAAUUAUGUCUUUGCACGGUAACGAGAUAUCCGUAAUUCCCGAAGGAGCUUUCGAAGACUUGAAGGCAAUUACCCAUCUGGCUUUGGGAUCAAAUCCUCUUUACUGCGAUUGCAGUAUGCGAUGGCUAGCAGAAUGGGUAAAAAAGGAUUACGUCGAGCCAGGUAUAGCUCGUUGUAUGGAGCCUCCUUCUAUGAGAGAAAAGCUCCUUCUGACGACACAAGCCACUGCAUUUCAAUGUAAAACCAAACAGCAGCCAGCCGAGGUCCUGGCAAAAUGCGACCUGUGUUAUACGACGCCCUGUCAGAACGGAGGAUUUUGCGAGGCGCUACCAGACAGACAGUUUCGUUGCAAGUGUGCACCAGGAUAUCACGGAGAAAGGUGUCGGUAUAAAAUCGAUGCGUGCUAUGGAAAUCCUUGCCGGAACGCCGGAACUUGUAAAGUACUGGAAGAAGGAAGAUUCAGUUGCAACUGUGCUGCCGGUUACGAGGGACUUCGGUGCGAAAGCAACGUCGACGAUUGUGCAAACAACAAGUGUGCCAAUAACGCAACUUGCGUCGACCUCGUCCAGGCCUACAGGUGCGACUGCGCCACGGGAUAUAUGGGUGAAUAUUGCGAGGCAAAAAUACCCUUCUGUACAAAAGGACACGAUCCCUGCGAGAACGGAGGACGCUGUCUCGAUCACGGGUCCCACUACAGCUGCGAGUGCCCAGUCGGCUUCACCGGCCUCAACUGUACCAGUAACUUGGAUGACUGCAACAAUCAUUUGUGUCAGAACGGUGCUACAUGCAUCGAUGGCAUAAAUAGCUACGAGUGUAAGUGCGCGCCGGAUUAUACGGGGAGGUACUGCGAGGUUGCGCCAUCAACUGCCAUGCUGUAUCCUCAGACCAGUCCGUGUGCUCAUCACGACUGUCAGCAUGGCGCUUGUUUCCAACCCUCUUCCUCCGCAGCAGAUUAUCUCUGCCAGUGCCACCCCGGCUAUACCGGUAAACGGUGUGAGUACCUGACAAGUCUGAGCUUUGUGGAUAACAGCUCGCUGGUCGAGCUUGAGCCGCUUCGAACCCGACCCGAAGCAAACGUGACCAUCAUCUUCACUACCACCCAAGAAAAUGGGGUUCUCCUUUACGACGGACAUAAUGGAGAACACAUAGCUGUUGAGCUGUUCAACGGAAGGGUGCGAGUGUCUUACGACGUCGGAAAUUACCCGACGUCGACUAUGUACAGUUAUGAAAUGGUGUCUGAUGGGAAGCCGCACAUGGCGGAGCUCAUUGCGGUAAAGAAGAAUUUUACGAUGAGGGUGGAUAAAGGUCCGGCGAGGAGCAUCAUCAACGAAGGACCCAAGGAAUAUCUGAAGCUCACCACGCCGAUGUACAUUGGAGGUCUUGUCUCCGAAGUGGCGAGUGUGGCCUUUACAGAAUUCCACUUGAGGAACGUCACCAGCUUUCAAGGUUGCAUCUCGGAGAUGUGGAUCAACCACAAGUUGGUCGACUUCAGCAACGCAGCGAAGAUGCAUGGCAUUGCGCCUGGAUGUGCUGCAGGCGAGGAAGAAGCCGAUGAGGCGAGCAAGGACAUCAUUGAAGUCGAGGCGAUAAAUAGCGACAUCAAAGAAGACUCUGUGCCGCAGGAGCAUGUUCUACACGAAGAUUCUGAUUACAGCAUCAUAAGUCCAGUGGCUACUGAUGCAUGUGUGGGACAUGAGUGUAGAAAAGGUUCGCAGUGCGUGCCUUCGCCAUACGGAAACAGCUACACGUGUCGAUGUCAACUUGGAUGGCAGGGUCGAUAUUGUGAAAAAGCACCAACAUGUCGAAAAGAACACACCCGUGAGUACUACAGUGAAAAUGGAUGUCGAAGCCGACGUCCAGUAAAAUUGGCAAAGUGCUGGGGUAGUUGUGGGAAUACUUGUUGUUUGCCGCGCAAAACCAAAAGACGCAAGAUUCGUUUAAUUUGUAACGACGGUACUCGCUACACAAAAGACGUCGACCUGGUACGCAAAUGCACGUGUACUCGCAAAUGUUAUUAAAAAAAAAAAAACAUUCUCGCUCGAUCGGACUUCCGGGUCCAAAAAAGCAGAAAUGCUGAACAUCUCAAAGGACUGAAUCUUCCACUUCCGCUGCUCGCCCCCUUCCCCAAGGAGUGGACGCGCUCACAAAUAAAUAAACAAAAAAACAAAGAAACAAACAAAUAAAUAAAUAAUUG